AUGAAAUUUUUGGUACUCGCCGUCACUGUUGGGCUAACUUUGCUGGUAGAAGUGCAAGCCAUGCCUGCAAAUCGCCUCUCUUGCUACAGAAAGAUACUAAAAGAUGACAACUGUCACAACCUUCCAGAAGGAGUAGCUGACCUAACACAGAUUGACGUAAACAUCCAGAAUCAUUUCUGGAGUGGGAAGGGAUGUGAGAUGAUCUGUUACUGCAAUUUCAGCGAAUUACUCUGCUGCCCAAAAGACAUCUUCUUUGGACCAAAGAUCUCUUUUGUGAUUCCUUGCAACAAUCAUUGA